AUGAAGAAGAAAGGAGACCAAAUGAAAAAUGAAGUAAAGACAAUCUACGAAAAGAAAAACAAGGUGUUAGAUGUACAAAAGGAUGAACUAAAAACAACAAUAUCUGAUAUAAAUACAAAACUGUCUUUUCUUAAUCAGUUAAUGAAGAGUGAUGAAGCUACAGCAAUGCAAACAGGUAAAAAAGUAAUUAUAGCACUGAAGGACAGAAUUAAUGAAUUGCCAAAAACAGAGCCAAAUGAUAAUGGAUACAUUAAGUUCUUAAUAAAUAAACAACAACUUGCUGCAUUCCAACAAUUUGAUAUUGGAAAUGUUACACAAGUUAUGGCAGCAGAUUGUCUAGCACUAAAGGGAGAGGAAUCUGUGAUCCAAGGUCAGAAAAUUGUUGCCAAAAUAAUCAAAACAAAAGAAUAUGAAAUACAUGCAAACCAAAUGAAGGCAACAUGGACAGAGCCUACAGGAGAAACCAAUAUCACACAAGUUCAACAAGAUGACAAAAGAGAUUAUUUUGUGAAAGUCGAAUGCACAAGUCCAGGAGUAUGUAAACUAGAUGUGAGUGCUGAUGGCGAACCAAUCAAGCAGUCACCAUUGAUGAUCAAAGUAGAGAAGGAAGGAUUAGUAAAUACAAUUGAAAUACACAAAUAUGUUACAGAUGUAGUUAAGUGUGAAGAUGACUCCUUACUGGUUUCAUGUGCAACAAAUGAUAUGCUCAAGUACAAGCAAUCAGGAGAAUAUAUUGGUAAGGUUACACUACCACAAGGUGUGAAGGUUAACAGAAUGUACAAAAUGAAGAAUGGUAACAUAGCAUUUAGUGAUUGCUCUACUAAUACACCUGUCAGAAUAUGCAAUAUGAAUGGUCAGGUGAUUAAAAAAAUUGGUGAAGGAGUAUUGGGUACACCAUCGUGUAUCCAUGUGGAUGAGACAUCUAAUGUUUUGUAUGCAGAUUGUUGGUCCAGUAGCUGUGUGUACAUAUUUGACAUGAAUAAUGGCAAGACCAUCAAAACAAUAGGGUCUACAGGCAAAAAAGAAGGUCAAAUAAGUGAUGUCAUUGAUGUUACUCUUACUAACCAAGGACACCUUCUUGUAUUGGAGUAUGGCAACAAUAGAUUACAAUUAUUUGAUAAUGAGGGAAGGUUUAUAAAAGUCCUUGUUGAAGCAGGUGAUGAGAAUGGUAAUGUGAGCUAUCCAGAGGCAGUAGUAGUUGAUGAGGAUGACAACAUCAUUAUAUCAAGUCAACAUAAACUACAGCUAUUCAGCAGUGAUGGAACUUUCAUAAAAAGAAUUGAUAAACCAGAAGAUGGAAUCCACAAUCCAAAGGGAUUAUCCAUCAUUUCAUAUCAUCCAAGGAGACUUGCAGUAGCAAAUGCUGGUGACAAUACAGUAAAAAUAUUCAAUUAUUAA